UUUCAUCCUUAAUUCCUUAUACAAAUGUCAGACAUGGAAAUUGACAUGUUUGAUAAAUGCAUGAUAUUUUCUCAUGUUAAACUUCAAGUUUCUCAAUCAAUAUGAAACACCCUUAUUUUAUAGUAGUGUAUUCGGUGAGGGAGUGGUGAAUGAUGCCGCCUCUAUUGUGAUUUUCAAUGCAGUCCAAUCACUUGACUUCAGCAGCAUUGAUUGUCUUAUAGCAUUAAAGUUUUUGUGGACCUUUCUUUACCCCUUCUUCACUAGUACUGCUCUUGGUAUAGCUAAAGAAGAAGAUGGAGCUAGAAGUGGUGAACGCAGAGUUAGUGUUGCCAACUCACCUCAGUUUCAAGCAGAUUCAAAUGUACGAGAAAUAUCCUAAAGGCCAAUCUAGAGGAAGGCACUGGAAACAUCUCAAGCAGAUCCUUCAGGCUGAGAAUUACCAGAAUUACCCUCCUGACGAACCCAACUAUGUUAACAUUGAGACACCACCUUCUAUGCAUCCAUGCAAGAGAAUUUGUGAUAUAACAGGAUAUGAGGCACCUUACUCUGACCCCAGGACCAAUCUUCGUUAUGCAAAUGCUGAUGUUUUUAAGCUCGUAAGAUCGCUUCCUAAGGAAUAUGUGCAAAGUUAUUUGGCUCUAAGAAACGCAGCAGUGGUUCUCAAGUAACUUUGGACGAAUUUGGAUUCAACUGUGUUCCCCCUCAAGAACAAUAUUGUAGAAUAUAGAGUAAUUUAAAAAAAAAAAAAAAAAAUUAGUUAGGAUAAUCCACUUUUUUGUAUAAUCCACGUUUUUAGUUAGGAUAAUCCACGUUUUCAUUAGGGUCUGUUUGGAUACUGUUUAUUGCUGAAAAUUGAAAAUAUUAUAGCAAAAUAA